GGGGGGAGGAGGGGGCUGUUUAGUUUUGACCAUGACUGAAGAGUCUGAUUUAUUUAUUUAUUUACUUUUCCUGAUGUUUAAGAACCCCCACACUUUCUUUGGUAGAUAUUAUUUUUAUGGCAUGAAGCAGUGAAAGGGGAAGGUCAGCCUGGAUAUCAAAAAAAGGUUCUUUGCCAGAGGGUGGUCAGGCACUGGAGCAGGCUUCCCCGGGCAGUGCUCAUGACACCUUUGUGGAGCCAGGAGUUGGACUCUGUGAUCCUUCUGGGUCUCUUGCGGCUCGGGAUGUUGUGCGAUUCCAUCUGGAGAACAUAUACAGCAGCCACUGACCGCCACUUAGAACUUCAGUCUUCCCCAAAAACUCGAUGGAGUACUUAAAUACUGUCAUGUAUUUAGGAGAUAAAGACAGCUGUGGACAUUCACAGGAAGUGUAGUACUCAGUGGGGUAGUUCUUAUGCUAAUUGCUGAGAACUACUAUAGCCUUUUUUCCUUUAAUGUUCCAUUUUCUGAAUUGUAGAUGAAGAUUAUUUUACAAAGCACCACAUACAAUGCAAUAUAAGCACUUUACAUAACACAUCACUUCAGCUGUUUUUCUUUUUAACUUCUGCAGAGGCAGCUAUUCCUGAAGUAAUUUCACAGCUAUGUAAGAUCAAUUGUUGUCCCAGUAAUAAUUUUAAGUCACCGUGCAGCUGAUGCCCUCUUUACUGUGUCUGAGAGAUGUCAUCUUGAUUCAGUCCUAGCUCAGAACUUCUCAAAGCACCUUUCUCUGCUGCGAGCACUUUCCUGAUUAUGAAAGCAACCUGUUGGGGUUGGGUCUGCGAUUGUUAAAAGAAACCAACAACACGAAACACAAUUUAAGUUAAUAUUUAUUUAAAAACCUCAGAGGUUGGCAGUGAGACGGGAAGCCUGUACAUUGCCUGGCACGACUGUGUUCUGUUUAUAGUGACAGCAAAGCCUGUGGGUUGAAGACCACACAUCAAGCUCACGAGGUGUGUUUUAUUUAUUUUUACAUUGAGAAGUGUUGUUAGAAUUUCCUACAUACAUCUAGGCUGGUGAGGGACUCGUGUGAAUCAGCCUAGCAUUUUCGUUUCAGCAUUUGGAAACGAUUGCAAUUUCAGAGUUUUAUUUACUUGAGUGUUUGAGGAAAGAACACACCCUUUAGGACAAAUACGAGGUGAAAUUGUGUAGGGCUCAAGCCCAGGACAAGUUGAAAUAUAUCCUACACAAAUAAAACAAAUGUGGGUUCCACAGCACCAGUGAAGCAACAGCAGAAGUGGAUUUAUUUUUAUCUAUUUAUUUUUAAGUCUUGCAGAAACUUCAGAGCUGAAUCUUUCCUCUAUAAACCCUUAACAGAAAGUCAUUUUGUUCACUAGAACGUUAUUUCUUUGCCUCCUGACUACUGGGGAGUUGGGUGUUACCCACAGUAGAAACUGCACACAGCUGCAGAAAAGAGGUUAAAUGACAUUGAAAUUACCCCUUAUAAAUAAUAUUCCUCAGCUACCUCUGUUGUAUUUGCAGGUGUAGACAGGUGUAUGAUGUGGGUUGAAACUAUGGAUCUGCUAGCAGACAGUGCACACUUCAGCCUUGUUCAGCUGUACCACCCUCUGUCACGUAGUGGGCUUGGAUUCUUGAGUGUGCAUAUGAGUGAGAUAGGAGCUUGAGUAUGCAGUAGGGCUGAAGCCUUAGUUGUUGUGUUUUUAAAUGGAGAAGUUUUGAGUAAAGAUUGGGCUUUUGGGUCGUUGCAUCACCAGGGUGGCUUCAAUGGGAGUCAGUGUGUUUCGACUUAUGCGCACUCACUUUCUGCUUUUGAUAUGCCUUCUCUCAUUUCUUACAGAGAAACAUUCAGUCUUUGGAUAUCUAAAUUCUUACUUUAGGAGGUACCUGUUAUGACUCGGUGAGGAAUGGAAAUGGAAGGCAGCCGUGUGCUUCUUCUGGUGUCAGGCAGGAGCUACUCAGGAGGUUUGGGCACACACUGAGUUGCAUCAUGGAAGCUUGCAUUUUGAAAGCUAUUGCUCGCCUGUCAGUUCUGUUGUGUUUGUUGCAAAACUUCAGUCAGUUUCUGAUGUGUAGCCCAAACUUGAAGACUUUGUAAUGAAAACUGUCCAUAUUUGUGAGGAUCUCUAUUUCAAAAAUGAAUGCAGACUCGCAGCUUCCUCAAUUGGUACACAGUGUAUCUGCCUCAGUGAAGUAGCAUCUGACAGACUUGCUCCCUUCAAAUCUGUGCUUAUGGUGGGUGGAUGGCAGGAGCUUUGGGAACCACUCGCUGUAAGUGAGAAAUCUCACAUUUCCAGAACUGGCUCUGGUAGUCUCCACAGUCUGCAGAGUGCUGUGCUAGAUUUACAGCCGUAAAAAGUUAAUUCUGGCUUGUGUGACAGAAGAUGUGCAUUUCCAGACUUUGUGAAGUGGAACUGCAGAAAAAUCAGAUCUGUAUUCUAGAAACCGCUGCUGAACAGAAGUGUGGUAUUCACCAGUAGCCCCAUUCACAUGAUUUCAGUGCUUUGACUCUACGCAGUGGUCUAGCAAUAAAAGAAAGAAUUGGCCAAUUACAGUAAUCUGCUAGAGCUCUGUACUCUAGAAUUUUGUGCAGAGAAAGAGGGAGGGCUCUUACCUGCUCUCAGUUCUGUCUAAAAUUGCACUCUUAACACCAUCUAUUCCACAGCCAAUAACACACAUAUUUAACAAAGCUGUUAACCACAGGGCCACCUCUAAGGUUGUAUUGCUCAGCUGCCACCUCUCACGCCCUCUCCGCCUCCUUCUCCAUGUUCCUGUCUGCCCCUCAUCACCAUGUUCCAUUCACCGGAAGGCACUGGGGCCUUCCUCUGCCCCUUCCUUCUUCCCAGUUUGGAGAUUAGUGUUCACAUUUAGGUAAGGACACAUAGCCUCUGGGGGGCUACAGCAAGGCUUAGGGGCAGAAUUCCUGACUGCCUUGAUUAUUUUUCAUACCAAGAAUGAGGGUUUUUUUUUUCCCUUUCUCCUGUGGCGGAUUAGAUCAAAGUGGUCCCAUGCAUAUGUUGUGACACAUGCCAGGAAAGCAUGUGCUUAUGUGUAAAUAGUGUAAAUGAGCAGGGCUGAGGUUUUGCUUUGCUUUGCACUUUGCAGCAACAGCAGGCAGUGCAUGUGGAGAACGAGAUACUGAGGCCAGAUCUAGAUUUCAGACCAGAUGGACGUUAUUCAUAAUAAUAUCUGGGUGUUAAUGGUUGUUAUCGGAGUGUGAAAUAAACUGUUGUCGUUCUUGUUCUUCAAGCUGAAGAGAAUCGCUUGGCACUAUUAGUACUGUCACUAUUUAUAUAAACACAGGCUCAAGAAUUAAAAAUGAAUACAGUCAGUCUUGGGCAUGCUGUAAAUAAUUCCCAAAAGCUUCUGAUGUAAUAAGUCCGGGUGGGCAGGGCUUGCACAAGUAGCGUGAACAUCCCAGUAUCAGCAUUUUGUAGGGCUGCAGCUACAAGGACAGGGACAGCCUUUGGAGAAAUUCGUCUAGAACUCUCUACCUUGUGGUUAAAGUGCUGUUAAGUGCUAUGUGAGAGAUAUCAGCUCUUCUCUGAACCUUCUGUUUAGGCGGAGAGGAAGAUGCAGAAUCCUGUGUUGCAUAAGUCUGCUUCCUUUCUUAAUAUAUACAGAAUAAACAUUGUAUACAAACGUUUAGGAAAAAUGUUGCCUCUUUAUUCAACUGCUGCAAUUAAAUAUUGUUAUAUUGGUGCUUGGGCUUAAUGUGUAUUUCGCACAAUGUUGACAGGUUAAUUUUGGCUGUUAUUUUUAUGUGCACUUCUACUGCAUGUAAAUGCACGUGGAGCGUGCUCUGUGCUAUCUUGAAAAUGGAGCAACAAUUCUGUAAGUUCGUAUUUCUUUCUACCAGUUUAAAUUGUGCUUUAAGAUGAGCUUGAAAGUUCCUACUCAGUGUGGAAUGUGCAAUAUAUUGAUGUGGUUCCUGUUGAUGAAAGUUCAAUAUAGGAACAGGAUGCCAGCCAUGCUCACAGCUGCAUACAGCACAUUGUGUGCUCUCCUGGGCAGAUGCCGAAGAGGUUUAUUAAAGCAUUCAAGUUGUUUCUUCAUAUUGGGAGUGAAAGAUUCCUUCUUAAUCCUCAUAUGGCUGCUGUCGCUGCUGGAGUGUUAAUAGAUAGUCUAAUUUGUGAGCUAAAUUACUAAUUGUAUUAUGAGUCUAAACCUUAUUAAGCCUUUUGUGUAGAAUUAGAUCACAGAGCUUUGGGAAACUGAAUCCUGGUUGGGUUCAGUCUCUCCUCUUCAAAGACACAGGGAAGCAUUCCUGGCUUCAGAGCCGCAACCAAGCUUUGUCACUGCCUGCUCCAUCAUUGAUGGGGUCAGAAUCAGAAGUUGGAAGUGGGGAGGCUCUGAGAAUAGACCCUAAGUCUCAGUUACACGAAAGCAACACAAUUCUGUAAACGAAUACAAACUCUUUAUAACGUAAGUGGAGGGAGUUACAGAAGUUAGUUCCAGAGAAGUUCAUAACUCACCCAGAGAUGGGCAGUCACUCAGCUUGCACUGUUGAGUGAUGAGCCCCUCCUCAGCUGCUGCACUGCCAGCUCAGCUGGGUCACCUGAGGUAGCUCUUGCUCUUUGCUCUGUCUUUGCGUGGAGUCAGCCUGCUAAUGCAGCCCAGCUGGAGACGGGGCCCAUCGCCUCCAGCAAUGGAUCAGUAAUAAAUAAACAAAGUGGGGCUUAAUGGAUUUUGACAUCCCUUUCAAUAAAUUUUUAUGUUGGUCUGUAAGCUUGUGAACUCUUGUGCCUUUGAUGUAGGAAUGUUGCACACAUGGCAGUUCAUGUUCUUUACGAGAAAACGUUCACAUUUACUCAGUGUAUUUUCCUAUAUAUACAUGAGAUGUGUUCCCAAUGGUAUUAAGUUUUUUUCUGUGGUUCUGCACUCUAAACUGCUGUGAGGAACUGCUCUUCUUUUACAUCUGAAGUUACCGGAGACUUAUGUGUUCCUACCUUUAUUCCUUAGUGCUGUAGGCUAAUGGCAUUUGAGAAGUAUAGACAGUAAAUGAAAGUAACAGGAUAUGUAUUUUGUCACAUCAUCUUUGUAUUUAAAGAGAUUUCUCUAGGAAGUGUAUCACUAAAUGUGACACAAAUAGAGUACAUUAAUACAAAGCUCAGUGUCUGUUCUGAAAGAGGGACCUUUCAGAAGGUUAUCCACACUGUGCAUUAUUACAUCUCUGUGAACAGAGCAGCCCAAAGCCCUGUUUAGAGGUAACUGCCUCCAGGUGUGGCUGUUGGGUAGGGGACUGUACAGCUUCCCCCGCUGAUUGUUGUGCUUACUGAAGUACUCUGGGAGAUUAGUUGGUUUUUAGGUUGGUUUUUUUUUAGGGAUUUUUGGUAUGUUUUACAUAAAUUUUCUAGCAUUUUCUUAUUCAAGCACAGUAUACCUUGAGACCAAAGUAGCUGCUGUUUCUCAUUGGCUUGGGUGUGUAUUGGCAUGGUUGCCCACUUACCCUCUAUCCUGAUUUCACCUAAAACAGCAUUAAUAGCACACUAAUACUGUUGCUGGGUGAUGGGAGCACACCUGGGACUAGACCAGGCCUCUCAGUGGAAUGGGGCCAGCACAUGGGCCUCAAUUAGGCUUGGGGGGUCAUUCUGUACCACCUGACACCAUGCAGAAGGGUAUAAAGCUGUGGGGCAGUUAAAGAGGCCUGCUUGUUGCUUGGGGGCUGCUAUACAUCAGUUGGUAGGGUAAGCCUUGUGUUGCUAGCAGGGUGUUAAAUUGUGCCAUGCAUCAAUGAGUGGUGAGUAAUCUUAUUACAGCUAUCUAUAUAUACAUAUAUAUGGUUUUCAUUGCUUUUCUGUUUUCUUUUUGCUCUUCUGUCUUAGUAAGUGGUUUUUAACUCAACCCAGGAGUUCUAUUUUGUUUCCAGUUCUCUCCAUCAUUCCACUUGGGGGGUAUUGAGCUACAGCCAUGUGGUGCUGAGCUGCUGCUGGGUUAAACCACAACAGUGCCUUUUUGUACCCAGAUGGGAUGGGUAAUAUUAGCACAGACUGGUUCUCUAUUGGAACUGCAGGGCCCAGCGUGGAGGUUGGAGAACUCUCCAGCCUCAUAGCUGACUCCUCUGGGACAGUCAAUUCCAGGUGUACCCUUCCACCUGAAAGCAAGCUGUGGCCUGUACUCUGCUGCCAGAGGGACUGAGAAAAACAUGUUGGUGAUAUUGGUUAUGGAAUGUUGCUUGGCUGCUCUAUUGACUCUUAUGUUUAAAACAAACAAACUUGAUUAAGUGGGUCAUUCUCCUGUGAUAUUUGUUAAGUAGUCUUAGUCGUCGUCUUAGCCUGACCUUGGUUGGCUGUAUUUAUCUGUGGGAUGUCUUGCACUUCCCCCAUUCCCUGAAGAAUGAUAAGUGGUAACUGCACAUUCCUGUGGUUCUUUUCUUGGUUUUCAUUUUCUGCAACAGGCCAUGUUUUCAAUGAAAACAGGAGGAGCAAAUAAGAAGGACCAGUACUGUGUCACAUCACUAACAAGUAUAGGUGUCCCUUACUGCUGGGGGUGUUACAACAUAAACCAGGGCCUCAAGUCUUGAUUUGUUCCUGUUGGUGGCAGUGGUACAGAGUAUAUAACAGCUUCCUCUGUAGCUGCUGACUGAAAAAAGUAAUUAAGUGACCUAUUUAGUUUAGAGAGUUUGUAUUCUUAAAUGUACUGUUGCACCUUUCCUGGAUAUGCGGAUUAGAAUAUGGUUCUCAUGUCUUUGGAUGGCAUUGCUUCAGAUUUGUAUAUUCUCCUUGGUACACCUUAAACAAUUUCAGAUGUGAUGCCUUUUCUUCAAGGCACAUCUGAAAAUGACUUACAAGGUAAUAAAAAUAAACAAAUAAGCCUCCUCCAUUAAACACCAACUAAAGUCUGUGCCACUGUUUUCCAGUGGGCAAGGAGGGAAACAGGUUGGGGUAAGCAGCAGUGAGAAGAAGGUACUGUGGGUAUUCAGUCUGGUGGUCAUGAGAGUCACUGUCUUUGUCUUGCUCUGUGUGACAGUUUUAGCUACUCAGUGACCUGAGUUAGAUGCCCAGUGGUUUUUGGUAGAUAAACUCUUCACUGAAAUCUCAACAUAAGCUGCUGGUGAUGUUGAUAGGGAAGGACACUACUGUAAUGCUGUUAGAGCUGUAGCAAAGUCUGUCUUGAACUUGGUAACCAUGCACCCAACUGGAUGAUGGUGGCGUCUGCAAUCAGUCCAUGUUGUUUAUCUUGAUUAGGAUGUUCCCAUCUGUAGUAGAAAUUCUGAGUCACAGCUUGAACCAGUGAUUGAGCACCUGGUGGGAAGGCAGGGCCUACCAAGGGGAGCUCAGGUGCAUGCAAUACCCCUGAGUGACUGGAAGGGGUGGAGCCAGGAUCUACCCCUUCCCAGACCCCAAUUAAGGGUUGGCAGUGGAGGUGAGGGUAUCUCACUGGAGAUCCUUGCCUACCUGAGCCCUUCUUAGGGUAAGCAGUUGUUUUCCUUUGUUUCUGCACCCAUGCUGGCUACAUUAAGCAUAUCCUCACUUGCUGAAGCCUAGGACUUUGCUAUUCCACUAUCACUGCUGUGCUUUCCAUCUCAUUAUAGCAUUACACCAUCUUUGUGUGUGGAGAUGCAGAUUUUAAGAUCUCUUGGUGGGCAAAAGUUGCUGUCACCUGCUCUGUCUUUUUACAGAGCAUCUGCUGCAAUGAAACUUGCUGCUUCUUCCACCUCACUUCAGCAGUUUUCUUUAUGCUCUUUCCAGCAGCAGCCUACUUGCUUUGUAUGUCCCUUCCUUUAGGGUACGAAUAGUCCAGCUGCUUGCUUUGAUCUGUAGGACCUUGGAAGAGCAAAUCAAAGAGCAAGUUCACUGUGUGCUGUUGGGUCAUACCCAUUCAGUGGGCCAUGACCACUGAUUUGAGUCAGGAAGGAAGAGUUUGAAUAAUGUGUAAGGUAGUUGUUUUUUUUUUUUUUUUCCCCUGUAAAUAAAGUUUUCUAACUCUGAGGAAGGGGGUGGGAGGACAGUUGUGAGAUAAUUACCUGUUUUACAAUGCUAAUGAUGGGAUGUAUUACACAUUAAUAGGGAACUUGCCACAGGUAGAAUCUCCCAGUGGGAGGUACAGAUAAAUUCUGUUUCAGAAGUAGAGAGAGAGGGGAAAACCUGCCUCUCAGCUUGUGUGUGGCAGCUUGGGAUCUGGAAUUAUCUGAAGCCAGAAGAGAUGCAUUCCAAACCUUUGGAAGUGUCAUAUGGAAGCUGGAGUGGGACUUGGAAGCCUGGUGGAUCCCUUCCAGCUUGGGCUAUGCUGUGCUUCUCAGGAGCCUGGGCUGGCUUAGGCAGAAAAUUGCUUCUAGAAUUUUCCUGGGGUUACUACUCUAUUGCUGUGUGAAAUACAGGGACAGUUUGUGCGUGGACAAGAGGCAUUAUAAAAGCAUUGUGAAGUAAGAGCAUUUCAAGGAUGCUGUACUUUCGAUGAACCGUUUAGCACCUGUGGCUAUAGUCAGUCAGACGAUGAUGAUCUUAACUGGGACCAGGUGAACACGCUGACAAAACCCACCUCAGAUCAAUGGUUGCCUUCUGGUUCUUUCAUGUUGGUGAAUACAUCUGGGAGAUAUGCAGGACAGAAAGCUCACCUCCUGAUACCCCAUCUAAAAGAGAAUGAUACGCACUGUAUUGAUUUCCACUAUUAUGUUUCAAGCAAGAGUGGAUCUAGCCCUGGCACUUUGAAUGUAUAUGUGAAAGUUAAUGAUGGACCUAUUGGCAACCCAGUCUGGAACACAUCUACUACUGGUACUUGGAACAGAGCAGAACUGGCAAUCAGCACUUUCUGGCCCAAUUUUUAUCAGGUUGUUUUUGAAGUGGUAACUUCAGGUCACCCUGGAUACGUGGCCAUUGACGAAGUGAAAGUUUUAGGACAUCCAUGUACAAAAACUCCCCAUUUCUUGCGACUUCAGAGUGUGGAAGUCAAUGCAGGACAAUUUGCUACUUUUCAAUGCACUGCCAAUGGUAAAUUCAGUACAAGUGACAGACUUUGGUUACAGGGUAUUUACGUAAGGGAUGCACCUUUGAAGAAUACAAAAGUGUUCAACAUUCGUCGAUUUGUAGCUCUUUUUAAUGUGGUAAAUGCCACGAAGCGGGAUGCUGGCAACUAUCGCUGCAUGAUUCGAACAGAAGGAGGGGUUGGAGUAUCGAACUAUGCAGAACUAAUAGUGAAAGAGCCGCCAGUUCCUAUUGCUCCACCUCAGCUAUCCUCAGUUGGUGCGACUUACUUGUGGAUACAGUUGAAUGCCAAUUCCAUCAAUGGAGACGGACCCAUUAUUCAGAGGGAAGUUGAGUAUCGAACUUCAAGUGGAAGCUGGUAUGACAUACAACCUGUGGACUCCACAAGCUAUAAGAUUGGACACCUGGAUCCUGACACAGAAUAUGAGAUCAGUGUGUUACUUACAAGACCGGGUGAAGGAGGAACCGGAUCUCCCGGGCCAGCCCUCAAAACAAGAACAAAAUGUGCUGAUCCAAUGCGUGGGCCACGGAAACUAGAGGUUGUGGAGAUCAAGUCUAGGCAAAUCACUAUUUGCUGGGAGCCUUUUGGAUAUAAUGUCACACGUUGCCAUCGCUACAACCUCACGGUCCAUUACCGUUACCAGGCCGGAGGACAAGAGCAAGUGAGAGAAGAAGUAAGCUGGGAUACAGAAAGUUCACAUCCGCAGCACACCAUUACUAAUCUAUCGCCAUAUACAAAUGUCAGCAUCAAAUUAGUACUAAUGAAUCCCGAAGGACGAAAGGAAAGCCAAGAACUUGUCGUACAAACUGACGAAGAUGUUCCAAGUGCUGUACCACUUGAAUCCAUUCAAGGGAGUACCUUUGAAGAGAAGAUUUUUCUUCAGUGGAGAGAGCCAGUGCAAACAUAUGGUGUGAUUACCUUGUAUGAGAUCACCUACAAAGCAGUCAGUUCCUUUGACCCAGAAAUAGAUUUAUCCAAUCAAAGCGGAAGAGUCUCAAAGCUAGGAAAUGAAACACACUAUCUCUUUUUUGGACUGUAUCCUGGCACUACCUACUCUUUUACCAUCAGGGCCAGCACAGCUAAAGGCUUUGGACCUCCGAUCACAAAUCAAUUCACCACUAAAAUAUCAGCACCCUCUAUGCCACCAUAUGAACUCGAGACACCUUUGAAUCAGACUGACAGCACUGUGACAGUCUUGCUGAAACCUGCACAGAGCAGAGGCGCUCCUGUCAGUGUCUACCAAAUUGUUGUUGAAGAGGAACGCCCUCGGAGGACCAAAAAAACAACUGAGAUCCUGAAGUGCUACCCAGUGCCCAUUCAUUUCCAGAAUGCCUCGCUUUUGAAUUCCCGCUACUACUUUGCUGCUGAAAUUCCAGCCAAUGGAUUGCAAGUUGCUCAGCCUUUUACUAUUGGUGAUAACAAAACCUACAGUGGCUUCUGGAACACUCCUCUUCUUCCUCAUAAAAGCUACAGCAUCUAUUUUCAAGCUGCUAGCAGAGCCAAUGGGGAAACCAAAAUUGACUGCGUCAGGGUAGCCACAAAAGCUGCGAUAAUCGUGACUCAGCUUACAACACCAUACAUUCGCAUCGCCCCUGCUGCAGGCGACGACCAACUAACAGGGGCUGCUACUCGAAAACCAGACCCAGAGCCUGAGAAGCAGACUGACCAUACUGUUAAAAUUGCUGGGGUCAUCGCAGGCAUCUUGCUGUUCGUCAUUAUAUUUCUGGGGGUUGUUCUGGUAAUGAAGAAAAGAAGAAGCUAUCACUCCUACACUUACUACCUAAAAUUGGCUAAAAAGCGAAAAGAGACAUUGAGCAGUACACGGCAGGAAAUGACAGUGAUGGUGAAUUCAAUGGAUAAAAGCUACACUGAGCAAGGCACCAACUGUGAUGAAGCUUUCUCUUUCAUGGACACACACAAUCUAAACGGGAGAUCUGUAUCUUCACCAUCUUCAUUUACAAUGAAAACUAAUACACUGAGCACAACAGUGCCUAACUCGUAUUACCCAGAUCCAUUUGUGCCAACUGCAAUUUUAGUGCCAAUCAAUGAUGAAAACCAUACGAUGGUCAGUGACACAAGCAGCCUGGUCCAGUCCCAUACCUACAAGAAGCGAGAUCCAGCAGAUGUGCCCUACCAGACCGGACAGCUUCAUCCAGCCAUCCGUGUAGCUGACUUGCUGCAGCACAUCACCCAAAUGAAGUGUGCAGAAGGCUAUGGAUUUAAAGAGGAGUAUGAAAGUUUCUUUGAAGGACAGUCUGCACCAUGGGAUUCAGCUAAGAAAGAUGAGAACAGAAUGAAAAAUAGAUACGGGAAUAUCAUUGCAUAUGAUCAUUCUCGAGUGAGAUUGCAGCCCAUUGAAGGAGAAACAAACUCCGAUUACAUCAAUGGAAAUUAUAUUGAUGGUUAUCACAGGCCGAAUCACUACAUUGCUACACAAGGACCAAUGCAGGAGACAAUAUAUGACUUUUGGAGAAUGGUAUGGCAUGAGAACACAGCCAGCAUAAUCAUGGUUACUAAUCUCGUAGAAGUGGGAAGGGUUAAAUGCUGCAAAUACUGGCCAGAUGACACAGAGAUAUAUAAAGACAUUAAAGUUACCCUAAUAGAAACAGAGCUCCUCGCUGAAUAUGUGAUUCGAACAUUUGCAGUAGAAAAGAGAGGUGCUCAUGAGAUUCGAGAAAUUCGUCAGUUUCAUUUCACUGGUUGGCCAGACCAUGGCGUGCCAUACCAUGCGACAGGCCUGCUGGGAUUUGUGCGGCAGGUCAAGUCCAAGAGCCCACCAAACGCCGGACCUCUGGUGGUUCACUGCAGUGCUGGUGCUGGCAGAACCGGGUGCUUCAUCGUUAUUGACAUCAUGCUAGACAUGGCAGAAAGAGAAGGUGUUGUAGACAUAUACAAUUGUGUGCGAGAGCUUCGAUCUCGGAGAGUUAACAUGGUGCAGACAGAGGAACAGUAUGUAUUUAUCCAUGAUGCUAUCCUGGAAGCCUGUCUUUGUGGAGACACAUCUAUACCAGCUUCUCAAGUUAGGUCUGCUUACUAUGAAAUGAAUAAACUGGAUCCUCAAACUAACUCCAGCCAGAUCAAAGAGGAAUUUAGGACGUUAAAUAUGGUGACUCCGACGCUGCGUGUGGAAGACUGCAGUAUAGCACUUUUACCACGAAAUCAUGAAAAGAAUCGCUGUAUGGAUGUCCUGCCUCCAGACAGAUGCCUGCCUUUCCUCAUAACGAUAGAUGGGGAGAGCAGCAACUACAUUAACGCUGCACUGAUGGAUAGCUACAAGCAACCAUCAGCCUUUAUAGUUACACAGCAUCCAUUGCCAAAUACUGUCAAAGAUUUCUGGAGGCUGGUCCUAGAUUAUCACUGCACUUCAAUAGUUAUGCUGAAUGACGUGGAUCCAGCACAAUUGUGUCCUCAGUACUGGCCAGAAAACGGAGUACACAGACAUGGUCCUAUUCAGGUGGAGUUUGUAUCAGCUGAUUUAGAAGAAGACAUCAUCAGUCGGAUAUUCCGAAUUUAUAAUGCAGCCAGACCCCAGGACGGCUAUCGGAUGGUGCAGCAGUUCCAGUUCCUGGGAUGGCCCAUGUACAGGGACACGCCGGUUUCCAAGCGCUCAUUCUUGAAGCUCAUCCGCCAGGUAGAGAAGUGGCAGGAGGAGUACAACGGGGGAGAGGGACGCACGGUUGUCCAUUGCUUGAAUGGAGGUGGCCGCAGUGGGACAUUUUGUGCAAUCAGUAUUGUUUGUGAAAUGCUUCAACAUCAGAGAGCUGUUGAUGUAUUCCAUGCUGUGAAGACACUGAGAAAUAAUAAGCCUAACAUGGUGGACCUUCUGGAUCAAUACAAAUUCUGCUAUGAAGUGGCUUUGGAAUACUUGAAUUCCGGCUGAUGGCAUAAACAGCACAGACACUGUUCCUCCCUCCACCACCACAAACAAAGCAAGUCGUUUCAUGAUAUCUGUGUCAAUGAGAUGAAGACUUCUCAGUGUUACGCUUCUACUGCUUUGUAUAACUGGCUCUUUUUAAGAGCCCAAAGAGAUGUUUAUAAAACUGCUUGCACUGCCCAUUUUCCACUAUUAAUGCCGCUGCUUGACACCCAUAUGAGCGUACACCAAACCACAUGGCGGUCGUUGAACACUGUACUCAUAUGUAGCCAUCGAUGUGGUGAAGCAGCAUAGUCCUCUGGUAAAUAAGAGAGCACAAUUAUAUUCUUAUGAAGGAAUUUGUACUCUUCUGUUAUAUUUUGUCGCCUGUGAUUCUCAGUUAUUGUCAUGGCCUAGUGUACAUUUCUGUUCUGUGGAGAAUGCUAUCUGGCAUUUUGAUAAUAUAUGAUUUUAGUUAUAUUUGCAUUCUAACACGUGCAUAAUAAAUGAAUCAUAUGUAGCUUAUCUGAACUAAUGAAAAGACGUGUACCAAAUCAUGUUAACUUUUUUGAGUUGUAAUUUCUAUCCACUUUGUACCAUUUCAGAGAGAGAAUCUUGAUAGAAAUGCAGUUAGACAAAUACAAAAUACAGGAUGCUCAGAUUAAUAUAUCCAAAGCUUUUUCAUUUGUUUAUAUUGUAAAUAUUUUUUGAUUUCAUCAAAUUAUUUAUUCAUUAAAAUGAAUUUUUUUGUGAAGCACAGUGAGUGACAAUCAUUUUUAUUAAGCCCUGGAAAUGCUUACUGUAUGAUAAUGUAAACAUUUGUUUACCUUGUAUGGAUUCUCAGCUCAAUAAAUAAUUACAUACAUGAUAAAA